UUAGUUAUGGACCUGCUUUUACGCUCUUUCGUAAAAGACAAAAUGAGGGAACUAUCCCAAGUCGACCAGCCAGUAACUGAAGCUAAAGCAUCAAAUAGCAAACAGAUAGUAUAUCUGAGUAACGAUAGUAGCGAUAGUGAAAAUGACAAUGAAUCGAGAAAGAGUUCGAAAAAAAGCAAAAAGAAAAAACGCAAGAAGGAAAAGGAUAGGAAAAGAGACAGGUCGAGAUCUUCGUCUGAAAGCGACGUAGAUGAUGAGAACUCGAGUCACAGCGGAAAACGGAGAACCAGUAGACAUAAAACGUCAACUAGCAGGCACAAGGACAAAAGUGCGAGUAAAGCGAAAAGCAAAUCGAAAUCAAAAAGCGGUUUCUACGAAGAAUACGAACAGGUUAAAGAUCUUUUAGAACACAUGGGAAAUGGAUUUAUAAAAGAAGAAUUGCCUAUAAGGACAGACGCCUAUGUGUACCGUAGAAACGGUGACGAUUCUCGAUCCAGAAAUCGAAGUCGAAACAGAUCAAGGUCACGUGAUCGAAGCAAGAAAAAGCAUGACCGGAGCCGAAAAGAUAAGCGAGGAAGCUCGUCAGACUCUAGUUCGGAACGAAAAAAUAAGUAUAGCAAAAAAGAUAGCAGAGCAGAAGUUAAAACGUAUAUUUUGCCUCAAUUUAACACCAACGCCUUUUCUGCUAGUUUCAACACUGCGCCUCCCAAACUAACUAACAGCUCUAGAACUGUGCAUUCUAAUGUGAAAGGUACGACAACUACCAAAACCGUUGAGUAUAAGUCGAAAGCUCCGAAAGAAGAUCAGAGUAUUGAAAGCUAUGUUAAAAUGUGUCGGCAAAUCGCGAAAGAUGAGACAGGUGAAAACGGCUCGGGUUCUCAAGACGAACCGACGAAUGUUCCGUGGGUCUCGGAUGACGAAGGACCCGAAGCUGCAACCGGUGCCUGGCGGAAACAAGACUUCGUUGUCAAACCAGCGAACCGAAUCAUUCAACUUAACAUUCCGAAUGCAACUCAGCUACAGAUGCCAGUAUACAAAACAGGCACCGAGUUAAGGGUGCAAUUCCCGGUCGGGUCAGGUGAAGAUCACAGGGAGCAUAAUCAAAAAAUAGCCUGUGGAAAAAUACCGGAAUAUGACCCGAAAGCCGAUAUUGUUUACGAAGAGGAAACCUUUAGAGCCGCAGAGCCAGCUAGACGGCCAGAUAUCAACAAACUAAUGCGCGAAAAAGCAGCACUAACUAAAGCUCUUGAAGUUAAUCCAUACGACGCAGGUUCCCUGAUUAAAUUGCACAAACUAGAGAAGAGUAUUUUUGAGUGGAGCAAACCAAUCAAGGAACCAGGCAAGUUCACUGGAACCACCAAAGUCCAGGUUCUGAGUCACAAACAGCUGGAAGGAGACGAUCACGGAGCCGGUGCCUGGGUUAGAAAAGAUAUGUUCAAACGUCUGAAUAGGUUAAAUGAAACUACAGCUGGCCCAGGAAAACGUUUGCUAGAAAAGAUGGGCUGGAAGCCAGGUCAGGCUCUGGGCAAAAAUAAAAAUGGGUCAACUGAGCCUAUAGAUUUGAAUUUUAACCUUGACCGAAAAGGUUUAUGUGGCAGAGAUGAAGUUAUCGGAACUGGGCCUCAGUAUGGGGCACUUGCGGGUCUUCAAGGCCGUCAUCCGGUAUCAGUUCUAGAAGAAGAAUGUAGAAAUAAAGGUUGGGGCACACCCUAUUACGAGCUCGUUUCAGAAAGUGGUCCUCCACAUAAAAGGAUUUUCCACUUCAAAGUGAGAGUUAAUAACGUUGAUUAUAUUCCGCAUUCGGGAAGCAACAGUAAGAAACAAGCGAAAACUGACGCGGCUGCGGGUGCACUUUUUGCCCUUGGUUUGAGUUGAUUGGAAGGAAAAUACUUCGAAAUUUUCAAAUUGAUUACGAAAUUGAAAAUUCUUAAAGAAAAUUCGAGGCUGUUCAGAUUACUGAAAAACAGUUUUAUCUCAGUUGUAGAGCAAUAUCUCUCAAAUUCAAUCUACAAAUCGAGCCAGAUGUGACGUUUAUCGCUCUCAAAAAUUCGUCUUUCCUGGCUCAAUCUUGUUACGGUUGAAGUUUACUUCAAUUUGUUUCUGUUGGAGGCGAGUUCAAGAAAACCGAAGAAUAUGGAACGAGGUGGCGCAGCUGGUGGCGCGCGCAGCUUGGAGGCGCGUCCGGAAAAGGGAAAUGAACUUCAAAUAUUUCUUGUUUAGAAUGUAUAUAAUUUUGCAAUUAAAGUUGGAAUAUUU